UCAGUGGGCUGGCUCUGUCCCGAGGUGGUGACGUUACUCGCCCGCGCGGAGGCGGGCCGAGCCGCCAUGGUGGAGAACUCGCCGUCGCCGCUGCCCGAGCGCGCGCUGUACGGCUUCGUGCUCUUCCUCGCCGCCCAGUUCGGCUUCAUGCUAUACCUUAUUUGGGCAUAUGUUCCUGAAUCCUGGUUAUUCUCAUUGGGACUAACAUACUGGCCUCAAAAGUACUGGGCCGUUGCUUUGCCGGUAUACCUCCUCGUUACUAUAGGAAUUGCUUAUGUUCUACUUUUUGGUAUUAACAUGAUGAGCACUGCUCCACUCAACUCAACACAUACCAUUACAGAUAACUAUGCAAAAAAUCAGCAACAGAAGAAAUAUCAAGAAGAAGCAAUUCCUGCGUUGAGGGAUAUUCCCAUCAGCGAAGUAAACAGAAUGUUUUUCCUUGAAAACAGAAGUAAUUAAGCCAAAAUGUAUUUAUUUAUUUUUAAUAAAGUAUAACCACAAUUAUUUUUGAAAAUGUUUGUAACUGGUCUGAAUUAGGAGAGAGACUCUUUCAGAAACUAGUAUAUUCUUUUCUCCUCCAAAUAAUAUUUAAAAAAAUACUAAGCUUUUACAGAAAGUGUGUACAUCAUCGCUGAAUGCAGCAAUUUUUUCAGUAUAGUCUCUUUCUCCAUCAGUGGCCUUUUACUGUUUGUGAGCAUGGGUAUGUACCCUGACAUUGUAAAAAUCCUGCAGUUGAUGUGCAGCCACUGUCACAGAGCCUUCAUAAUUGCUGUAACCCUUAUAAUCUGACUUAAUUGUUCAGUCUGUACAGAGGAUGGGGCUGCACAGUCUUUUCAAACAAUGAGAUUAUAUUUUUGGCACACAAGCUGCUACAUAGGUGAAUAUUAUCACACAGAAACAACACUUCAGAGAUUUCUGUAUUGGGACCAGCUCUUUGCAUACGAGGUUUCAGUUUCUUUAGGAUCUUUAUCUCAGUUUUCUGUAGAGCACUUAGGAACAAAGCCAAUAAGAACACCUUCCAUGUCCUUGGACAAAAUUAGGCAGCAUUAUUUUCUGACUGACUCUCAUACGGUGCAGGCAUUCAAGUCCUUGUUCACGCCUUUUGGCUUCAUAAUAGCUCAUCUCAUAGUACUACUGCUAAAGCCCUAGCAAUUUUCCAUGUCAAGUAUGUAUUUACUGAUUAAAACCUGUAAGAAAGAAAAUAUUUUGAAAUCGAACCUUGAUGUCUGGAA